AUGUCGUCUCCGUCCGUGUCGCCUGCGUCUGCGCCUGCUAAGAAGCAGCCGUAUCCAUUCUGGCUUGGUGGCGUCGCUGCUACCAUCGCGGCUUCUAUUACACAUCCUCUAGAUCUAACUAAAGUCCGGCUACAGGCAUCGGGGGACAAGCGCAUGAUAGAAAGUAUGAAGAAGACUGUACGCACAGCAGGCGUGCGUGGUCUCUUCGAUGGUAUCUCUGGAACGUGGUUACGUCAGAUGUCCUAUUCGAUGUGCCGAUUCUGGGCAUACGACGAGAGUAAGAAGAUAGUUGGUGCGGGGAAGGAUGCACCAGCGUACAAGUUGGCUCUUGCUGGCUCUAUGGCUGGUGGAGUUGCUGGUUUUGUUGGGAAUCCUGGAGAGAUCGUCAUGGUGCGUCUCCAGGGAGAUUUCGCAAAGCCGCCGGAGAAGAGAUUCAACUACAAACAUUGUAUCGAUGCGCUGUUUAGGAUGGUCCGCGAAGAAGGUGUUUCUUCGCUUGCCCGUGGAGUGGGACCCAACGUGUUCCGUUCCGUUCUGAUGAACGCCAGUCAGCUUGCUUCAUACGAUUUCUUCAAGGCUGAGCUCUUGAAGACUCCAUACUUCCAUGACAAUAUCGCUUGCCAUUUCGCUGCAAGCUUUGCUGCUGGCACCGUCGCGACAACUGUCUGCUCUCCUGCGGAUGUAUUGAAGAGUCGUAUCAUGAACGCGUCAGGACCAGGAUCUAAUUCUACUCUUGCUGUCAUCAAGACUUCGUUAAAGAAUGAGGGCGCGAUGUUCAUGUUCAAAGGCUGGUUACCAGCUUGGACUCGUCUACAACCAACGACGAUUCUCAUCUUCUUGACGUUGGAACAAUUGAGGAACGGGGUUGAUUAUUCGAGGAGCAAAGGCUAUACGUUCUUGUGA